GGCGGAGCUUCCGGUUCCGGUGGGGGGCCGUCCCUGGCGGCGGAGAUGGCGGCUACAGCGGCGGAGGCUGUGGCCUGUGGCUCUGGAGAGCCCCGGGAGGAGGCUGGAGCCCUCGGCCCCGCCUGGGAUGAAUCCCAGUUGCGCAGUUAUAGCUUCCCGACUAGGCCCAUUCCGCGUCUGAGUCAGAGCGACCCCCGGGCGGAGGAGCUUAUUGAGAAUGAGGAGCCUGUGGUACUGACCGACACAAAUCUUGUGUAUCCUGCCCUGAAAUGGGACCUUGAAUACCUGCAAGAGAAUAUUGGCAAUGGAGACUUCUCUGUGUACAGUGCCAGCAUUCACAAGUUCUUGUACUAUGAUGAGAAGAAGAUGGCUAAUUUCCAGAACUUUAAGCCGAGAUCCAACAGGGAAGAAAUGAAAUUUCAUGAGUUCGUUGAGAAACUGCAGGAUAUACAGCAGCGAGGAGGGGAAGAGAGGUUGUAUCUGCAGCAAACGCUCAAUGACACUGUGGGCAGGAAGAUUGUCAUGGACUUCUUGGGUUUUAACUGGAACUGGAUUAAUAAGCAACAGGGAAAGCGUGGCUGGGGGCAGCUUACCUCUAACCUGCUGCUCAUUGGCAUGGAAGGAAAUGUGACACCUGCUCACUAUGAUGAGCAGCAGAACUUUUUUGCUCAGAUAAAAGGUUACAAACGAUGCAUCUUAUUCCCUCCGGAUCAGUUCGAGUGCCUCUACCCAUACCCUGUUCAUCACCCAUGUGACAGACAGAGCCAGGUGGACUUUGACAAUCCCGACUACGAGAGGUUCCCUAAUUUCCAAAAUGUGGUUGGUUACGAAACAGUGGUUGGCCCUGGUGAUGUUCUUUACAUCCCAAUGUACUGGUGGCAUCACAUAGAGUCAUUACUAAAUGGGGGGAUUACCAUCACUGUGAACUUCUGGUAUAAGGGGGCUCCCACCCCUAAGAGAAUUGAAUAUCCUCUCAAAGCUCAUCAGAAAGUGGCCAUAAUGAGAAACAUUGAGAAGAUGCUUGGAGAGGCCUUGGGGAACCCACAAGAGGAAGCAUCGUUUACCCAGCAUAAACAGGAGGACUCAACUGUGCAUGUCUUAGUGUGAACAAGUAACAUCAGAUUUCCCUUUUCUGAGGAGAGACCAGUUCUCUAAGAGGGAGCAUGAGUGUGAAUGGGGAAGAAUCAUGGAGAAGGGAGCAGGACUCCACAGUGCUGGAGACGGAGUAGGGACCUCUGGGAAUCGUUGACAUGGGGGUGCGGUGCAGAAACGGUGAUGCCAAGAGGUGAGAGUCUCAAGAAAGAAGAUGGGUGUUCUAGAGGGGAAAGCUAAAUGAUGAUAGGCAAUGAGGAGCAGAGGACAAAACCCUGAACUAAGGGUGAGGAGGCCAGCAUUCUGUCAGGAGAACCUUAGGAAUUGUGACCAGAAGUCAAAGUUGUUACAGCAAUCCUGCAUUCAACCAGGUUUCAUCUUAAAAACGUAAGAGUUGCUGGGCACAGUGGUGCACACUUGUAAUCCCAACACUGGGAGGCUUGAGUCAGGAGGAUAGCUUGAGGCCAGGAGUUUGAGAUCAGCCUAGGCAGCAUAGUGACACCCCAUCUCUUGAAAAAACAAAAACUCUUAAGAGCGGUGGUUCACCUAGAAAUAAAAAGCAGAAAUGAUCAAGAUGAGAAGACAUUUUGUGUUUUGAGACCCAAGGAAAUGUGCCACUGAGACAAGGUAUCUGACAGCCUAGAUGGGAUUCUAGACUUCUGUGAGAAAGUGCAGUUAGGCCCUGAAUAGCGUCAAACUCAGGGAUGUGAGCUGACUGACUGCCUUUUUAUGUAAUGGAGGCCGUGUGACAGGGCUUUAUGAGGCCGCAAAUAGCGCUUUCUGGGUCCUUUCACAGUCUAGUCAGUGGCCCAACCAACAUUUCUCGUUGUUCUGCAAUCUCGGUCAUCUGAGAAGAUAACCUCCAAAAUACAUGCAGUGGCAUCAGUUGUUUCCUUGGUAGGUGUGCAUCUUUUAAUGAUGGAGGACUUAGGAUGAAGAACAGGUGUGUUUAAAAACAUCAAACCCCCACAUCAUUACUAUUUGCUGUAAGGAUCUAUGCAGUUUGUAUUUCAAGUCCUUGACAUAUGGAAGAGCAUUUGUGAGAGUAACAGGUUUGCUUUGUAAUGUCAACUAAAAAGUGUGUAUUUAUACUCGAAUUUUAAGUUGAAAUUUUGCUUUUUUUUUUUUUUUUUUUGAGACGGAGUCUCGCUCUGUCGCCCAGGCUGGAGUACAGUGGUACAAUCAUUGCUAAGUCUCUCUGUAGUUUUGGAACAUUUCGAACGACUUAAGAUUUCCUGUAUUUAUAAACUUAAUUUAUUGGAAAUAUAAGUACUUGAUCAGGUUUUGUCUUGGUCAGAUAAAUAAGUACUUAAGGAAAUCAAAUACAUGAAUCAUGUAAAUGCCAUUUAAGUGUUUAAAGGAGUUCAGUAAAAUGUAAGUUGGAUCAAACAUUAAACUGUUUUGUUUUAUAAUGAAAAUAAUAAGAUUUGUUAGCAGAACUUAAAAGCUUAGAAAAGAGAUAGGAUUUUGGAUAUGUAACUUUGAAGAGGUGAAUAGUUUGCUCUUUUUUGAGACAGGGCAUUGCUUUUUGACGCAGGCUGGAGUGCAGUGGGGCAAGCAUGGCUCACUGCAGCCUCAACCUCCUGGACUCAAGUGAUCCUCCUGCCUCAGCCUCCCAUGUAGCUGGGAUCACAGGCGCAUGCCACCACACCUGGCUAAUUUUUUAUUUUUUGUAGAGACAGGGGCCUCACUUUAUUGCCCAGGCUGAUCUCGAAUACAUGGGCUCAAGCAGUCCUGCCUCAGCCUCCCAAAGUUCUGGGAUUACAGGCAUAAGCCACUGUGCCUGGCCUGAAUAUAUUUUUUAACCAAAGUAAUUUAUGAAUAUAAAUUGUUUCUAUAUAACCCAAAAGUCACUGUCAUUGACAUUAAGAAACUCAGUGGGUUCUAAAUGUAAUAUUAACACAUACCCAAGUCACUUAGCCUCUACAAGUACCAGGCAACUAGCAGCCGUUAAAAGAUGGCCACCACUAGUCCAGUCAGGGCCACAGACAUGGUUUGGUUUGGCCAAUACAAGUUUUUGAAAGUUUUAAAAAAUUGACAGCAUUAAAGAUCAGAAACUUGCACGUAAAAAGAUUUCUUGCUUCUCUGGAAAAUCAGAUCUGGCAGUAAUGAAAUCGCCUUUCCCAUAUGACAGCAGUUGGCUGGAGCUGAAGAGCAACUGCCCCCUUGGCUGUGUUCCUUUCAGUUUGUCAAUCUACACUCUUCACUGUUGUACCCUACAUCUCACUCAUGUGACCUGUCUGGCCCACAUAGAUAUUUGAGUGUAUGGACCUGAAUUUGAGGCACUCUGGACUUGCUAACAACUUGUGCUGGGUAGCCUAGAAUAAGGGCUCAGGAAAAGUGUAGGCCCUACCUCUCUCUGUUCACAUCAUUACCCCCUCCAGCCAGGCUGUCUUCCCAGCUGACCUGGCUCCAGGACUGAUUCCAACCCCUAUAGCAACUGUCUAAGAAGUCCCCAGGCUCAGGCUUCUCAGUGUUCACUGCUCUUGUCUGUGACCAGGCACUUUGCCUACGCUCUGACCUCAUGUCUCAGUCCUUGUGAACAUUCUGGUCACCUGCCUAGUUUGACCGCAGCCUGACUUUGGUCUGUGAGGGGUCUUGGACUCUGCUUUAUGCAGCCCCCAUAUCUGAUCUUUGUGAUGUGGUUGUGAAUCUUACGCUUCAAUCUCCACCAUCACUGCCCACUGCUUGGUGGUUGCUCAGCUGAGAGAUUGGCAGCCCAGAUUGCUAAAGGUUUAGGAGACAUGAAAGGUGAGUUUGGAAGUGUUUGGAUUUUCAAGAGAAGGACAGAGGCAGAAGCCAACCACAGUUUAAGGAGGCAGCUAGUAGAGGGCUUUUUAGGCAAAGGAGGCCACUGCACAUUCAUAGGCAGAGAAGGUGGCAGGAGAGAGAAUUUAAGAGAAUGAGGUCUCAGAGGAGGCAUAGGAUGAUGGGAUAUGAAAUAGCAAAGGCACACCCAAGGUGAUCCUGAAGCUCAGAAAUAUGAAGUCAUGCAGGAGGGGGCACCAUUGGAAAUCUAAUCCCCUAAAGUUAUGAGUAAACAAAUGAUAGUGGGGUGUGGAGGGUAGAAAGAAGGCCUAAGCUUGAUGUGGGGGCCACAGCCUGGGCAAGAGAAAUUUCCAGCAAAGCCUCUGACAAAUUUCUGACAAAGCCUCUCAUGUUAUCUAGUUGUGGCAGAAGCAUCUGAACCAAAUGGCUAGGAAGCUUGGUGAAGAGCCAGACCCAGUGAGGGUUGAUUAAUGGAUCCAUGUUAGCCUAGACUAGAGGGAAGUCUCCAGCGUAUGCCUUAGGGCUCAGUCUGGGCCUGUGUCCUCUCUGACAUUUUUAUUGACAACUGACCGAAGCAGCAGACUCAUCAAGUUUGCAGGUGAUAGAGCUAGGAGGGGCAGUUAAUACUUUGCAUGAAAGAGUCAGGAUUCAAAACGAUUUCAACCGGCUGGAACACUGGGCUGGAACCAACAAGAUUAAACUUAACAGGGAUAAAUGUAGAGUCCUGCACUUAGGUUAAAACAAAAUCAAUGACAUAAGUACCGGUUGUGGAGGCUGGCCCAGCUUGACAGCAGUUCAUGAAGAAAAGACCUGGGGGGUUUAGUUGACUGCAAGCUCAAUAUGAGUCAACUGUGUGAUGUGAUUGCUAAAAUCCUAACACAGUCAUGAAUUGCAUUAACCAAACGGAGCAGCCAGAUCAAGGGAGGUGUUACUCCACUGCUUUCUGAGAUGGUCAGGCCACCUCUGAGCACUGGGUCCAAUUCUGAGGCCUUUUUCCCCUGCGAAGGUCAGUGACAAAUGAGAAUAUUUUUGAUAGGAAGCCACCAUGGCAGUGGGCCUGAAUACUGCCCGAGACUUGCCAGUGAUUCUAUGGUGCUGAAAUUUCUGGAAUGAAGGACAGGAGUCUAUAAUCUGAACCCAGGCAAAGACUUUUAUCUGGAGCAUAUUUCUAAGAUUUAGGGGAAAAUUUGGGGUCUGCAUUUCCUCGCUUCGUAUGGCUGCCCAGAGGCAUUGGCCUGUGACUCUCAUCCCUGGCCUUCCUGAGGUCAGGGCAUUAGCGAUUAGUUAGAUAGGGUCUAGGGUAGAGGUCAGCCUGAGGGGGCGGCUAUAAAACGAGUCAUUGAGGUGGGAGGGAACCUGGAAAUUGGGAUCUCACGCACCAUAUUUCCCGCGCUCUCCCUUGGGACGUGCCGUCCCUGCUGCAGUCGCAGCGUGGCGCCCUCGCUCCACGCAGGGAUCCUGAGCCAAUGGCGGAAGCGAAGUGCGCGGCGAGGCCGCAGUUGCGUUUCUCGCACUCCCCACUGCGGGGAGCCCGUGGGUCCCGCUCUGCAGGGAAGCUGCCGGCCCAGGUCUCCUGGGUGGCAAGAAGACGCCUGUGGUGUGGAAGAACCUCGCCCGCAGCCCAGCACGCUUAGAAUCCAGAUGUGGCUUUUGCUGGAGCCACGUGUUCCGGCCUGAGCGACGUCGCACGUGGCCUCCGGCCACUCUUCUGACGCAAGGGUCUGUGGGGCCGCGGAAGAGCCUGGGGCCCCCGACCUUCCACCGACUGGCCGUGGGCUGGCCGUAGCCCAGCUCGGCUCUGUCUCGAGUUCCUUCGCUCCACAAAGCUGAGUGGCGGCCACGUUCGGGGGCACUGGGGCGAGGGGUAGGGCGUCGGAAGGGGCCCUGGGUCUGUACCGCGGCGGGCUCACCGGAGGGGCUGCAGGCAGGGCGGGUUUCGGGUUCCACCGCCAGAAUAAUUCGGCAGUUCUGGAUGGGGCCCAGGAAUUUGUAUUUGUAACCAGUUUCCCAGGUGAGUCUGAGGUCCGUGGUCCUCUGACCUCUUUUAGAGAUGAGAUCUCAUCCUCAGAGCCCGGGGCGGGGCUGCCGAGGACACGGGCUUGCUCUUCAGGCAGCUCUGGCCCGGGUGGCAGGAGGAGGCGGCCGGGGCUAGGAUCCGGGUGCACCCUGGAAGCUCCAGAUGGGCGUUGGAGACCUAGAGCGAGAUGAACCGAGGACCGUCCACGUGUGUGGGUGCCGCUCAGGAGCGGGGUGGUGGGGGUGUGGGUGGAUGGGCGUGUUGAGGGUGAUGGAUUGCUGCAGGGAGUGGACUCAUCCUACUAGGAGGAGUGGGAGAGGGGAAAGAACUGGAGGAACGGCGGAGUCCAUUGGCCUUUUCUUGGAGAGCUGGAGAUGGAGGUUGGUUCUGUCCUGAUGGGGGCAGGAGGACGGGUAAUGGAGGCUGUCAUGCUCAGUGAAGCCCCAUGGGGGCAGCCAUGCUUUGUGGUUUGUGGUGAGGCACUGAGCCCCAGGAUACUGACUAUUCCCUUUUUUGGAGAAACAGGGGAAGAGGAUGCUCCUUAAGAGCUUCUAGGGGAACGUUUCUGCCUCCAGGGUGUUUAGGUGAACAGUGUGUGUGUGUGUGUGUGUGUGUGUGUAUGUGUGUGUGUGUGUGUGUGUGUAGGAAGGUUAGCAUAUUGGAGAUUUUCAAGGGAGUUGGUCUCCAGGACACGUCCCUCACCCCUACAUCCACACACAGUAUCUUAUGAUCCUCUUGGUUUCUCUUGGGCCUCAACUCCCCAAAAGGGGGGCACUCUUGUCAGCAGCUCACAAACGUGGAUAUCUGCUAACUGAAGACUUUCCCAGAGGAACGUUAUAGAAGGAACCCUCAAAUUCCAAAUCCUUGAAUAUUGGAGCUGGAAGAGAACUUACAUACCAUCUGAUGCCAUCUUCCCCAGCUUGGUCUUGGAGAGUAGACACCUUAAGUGAAGGCCUAGCUUCAUAAGCCUCUGAGGAUCCCAGCACCUGGUAUGGAGACAGGACUCAUGCAUUGCCUAGAGAAGGGAGAGACACAGCAGAGUCCAGCGGUGGGUGGUGAGCUUUGAUGUUGAACACCUGGGAGCUCAGAGGUGGGUAGGAGCCUAUAAAAGAAGGCCCCUUGAAGGAGGGAAGCUAGAGCUGCAUCUUUAAAUGGGGAAAAUUUAUCUUUUGUGUUUUUCCCCCGAUUAUGAAUUUAUGAAAAUGAAGAAAAAAUAUAUUGGGGCCAGGUGUGGUGGCUCACACCUGUAAUCCCAGCACUGUGGGAGGCCAAGGCAGGCAGAUCACUUGUGGCCAGGAGUUUGAGACCAGCCUGGCCAACAUGGCGAAACGCUGUCUCUAGUGAAAAUACAAAAAUUAGGUAGGUGUGGUGAUGCAUGCCUGUAAUCCCAGCUACUUGGGAGGCUGAGGCACGAGAAUUGCUUGAACCCAGGAGGUGGAGGUUGCAGUGAGCCAAGAUUGCACCACUGCACUUCAGCCUGGGCAACAGAGCAAGACUCUGUCUCCAAUAUAUAUAUAUAUGGAUGGAACACUGUGACAUGUUGGUCUACAGGGGAGCAAAGCUACUGAGGCCUGAAUUUCCUGAGGUUUGGAGGGCAGUGAAGAGAUGAAGAGGACAGCUCUGACCAUUGUUGGAGCACAGUGAGCGCAUAGGGCAGAGGGGUCUGGCUGCAACAGGAAGUAUCUGGCUACAACAGGAGGUAUGAGGCUGGAACCCAGGGGAAAGAAACAGGGUUGGGCUCAGCUUCGUAGAGGUAGUGAGGAUUGGGCAGAUGAGAACACCCAAGAAGAAAA